UUCGUUCUUCCGUUUCAGGCAAAGACUUCAUUCUGAAGCAAAAGAACAUUAGAAAUGUUGUUAAAGGCAUCGAUAUUAGCAACUGGAAUCCCGCAAAAUCCGGAAAUGUCAUAACACAAACAGCCUUUAAUAUUUUAUGAAUAUAAUAUAUCUGAUAAGAUGGAGGAGAAAUACAUGUUUAAUGUAUGGAAUUUAACAUUAAAUGUAUCGGAAAUAACCCAUGACGAGAUUGUUAGAAUUAACCAAGAUCCAUACUCCAACGAAUCAAUCCAGCUUUUGAAUUUCUUCACAUGGGAGUUCUACGAUUCACCCACACUCAAAUGGUUGGCCGUGUCCAUUCUAAUCAUUGGAGCUUUUGGACUUACUGGAAAUUUCGUCGCAUUUAUGAAAAUUGUGUGCAGUAAAAAGUAUCGUACGCCAACAUUUGCAGCCAUCGGAUGUUUAGCAUUACCUGACUUUUUCAUGAUUAUACAUUGCUAUAUCAUCAGCUUCACGAAUCUUGAAACUCAUUUGCAUGAUGAAUUUACUUUUGAUCAAAAUUUAGUCUCUUUAAGUGAUGUGUACGAUUUUCUAUUUUAUACGACCUACUAUUGCUCACUUGGUCACGUGAUAUUUUUAUCCAUUGUACGAUAUAUAUUGAUAUCUGACCCUCUAAGGAGUAAGCAUUAUCUUACAGUGUCAUUUGUCACUCGAUAUUCCAUUAUAAUUUGGUUUAUUAGUUUCAUUCUAUCUAUUUGCACUGUGAUUCUACUUAAAUUAGACCUGAAUCUGACUAAGGGUCAAUCCUAUCUAAUUCUGGCCACACUUCGGGCAAUAGUAGGACUUAUACCUAUUUGCAUUAUAGUCAUAUUACAUUAUUUCAAGUUGAAAACACUGAGAAAUUCGUCGGUUUGUAGUCGUGUCCAAAACAGAAUGAAUUUUAUCAUUGUAUUAAUUCUCUCCGUCUUUGCCUCCUAUCAGAUAUGUGUGGUUUUCAAACCAAUUUUAUGGGUACUGGACAUAAAAUUUAAGAUUGCAAAGUCAGUUUGUAAUAUAUUUUUUACAGUAUUGGAGCUGUUUGGAUUUUUACAUUUUUCCUGCAAUCCUUACAUCUAUUUUUUCAUUUCGGUUUUUGUUUCUAAAUCCAAACAUAACUUAAGUACGCAAAAUUGUACCACAUGA